AUGGAGCUUCAUGUAGAGUGGACAUGGGAUGCCCUAGUGCCAGCAGAGAAACUCUAUCAUAAGGCCAAGGCUCUCAAAGCAGCUGUCAAACUCAAGCAUAGUGUGGACAAGCUGAUCAGUCACCUUGCACAGGACACAAGCAUGGUCAUUGGCUCAGAAGCUGCUUACCUGUUGGUUGCUGCCGAGAAUGCUUGGCUGGAUCAAAGUGGACAAGCUGGUCAAGCUUUGCAAGACCUACGUGAAGAAGUUUGGGCAGAAAAAAGGGGUAACAGGGUAAGGAGAGGCACAGCUCUGGCCAGAGUGGCCAAGAUGUCGCUGCGCCUCUCGGCCUACAUCCCCAAUGCCAAUUCCCGUAACUUGGUCACCGUGGAAGGGUUCUGCAUCGAGGCAUGUGGCAAGUACCUGCUUGCCAACACCCAAGGAGCAGACCAGUUGUCAGCAAGACAUGGCAAGGGUUGGCAGGAGGAAGAGGCGAUGACAAAGUUCCCCUUUAACAGCAUCACCUUGCCCCCUGUGCCGCACAUCAGCCCUGUCUCUCUCAUCCUGCUAGCAGAUGUCACAAAUCCAAAGCAGGCAGCAGAGCUUAAGGCUUGCGUUCUCAAGGCCUUGGGUUUGGAAGUCACUGUGCUAAACCCUGAUUACGCCAGGCCAAGAGAGCUGCAACAAGCAGUGGCAGCAGGUGGAGACAGGGUCUGCCUCUGCACCAUUGGAGAGCGCUGCCAUCUGCGCACUCUGAAGCUGAUCCAGAGGCUUGACACCUCUGUGCAUUCUGAGCUACAUCCUGCUUUUCUUUUCCCUUCGCAGAAUCUCUCCAGAGCUGACAAGAUGGACACGCUGCCAGACAUCUAUCUCCUGCGUCACUUUCCUCUGGGUCCUGACCCACUGCAUGCUUUUGGUGUGCUCAAGGAUCACGUUCCUCUGGUCAGCACUCUGUCCAAUCAGGUGCCGUUGGGCUCUGAUGCAUCUGGCCAGCAUCAGGCAGCAAUUGGUCAAAUGAUUGCUGCUGCAGCCAUCAUUGCAACUCUUGAUGAUGUGCCGCCUCCACCACAUCUUGAUGAGCUGGUCAAUGGACCGCUGCCAAUCCUUGCCAACGGUCACUACUGGUUUGACGUGCAGGGACAAGACGGGCAUCAUCAUCUCGAUCUUCAUGCUCGAGAAGGCAGGAUUCAUCAACUGGAUUUGGAGGGGAGCAUGACUGCAACGGUCCAGAAGGUCUACCUUGCUCUCCUGCGCAAUGCCUCAGGAGCGCCAGACAACAUCCAUGAGCUUCAGAUCCUUGCGCAUUGUCUCAAACAAGGUGACUCGGAGACUCGAGAAGUCAGCAGUAUCUCUCUGGACGAUGCACUGAGUCUUGGGCUUGGGGAGCCUCUGUGUUGCUUGUGCCUUGCGCAUUGCAUUGACAGAUGGUAUAUGAUCUCCAAGACAACAUGGAUCCAUCUUGCCAACCGUCUUCUUUGUACGACCCAGUGGGAUCUAGGAGAGGAAGACAAAUUUGUCGCUUUUGGUACCUUGCGCAUUCGAGACAGGCGCACCAUUCAGAGUCCAGCAGUACCAGCGUCCAUCCACGCACAAUCUCUGGAGCUCCCCACUACGUCCAAAUGA